AUGCCUUACUUAAUUAAUUCAGCUCGUCAACAACAAACGUGUGAAGUAUGUGUGAAAGUUUUAACGGAUGCGAUGAGUCAAAUUCCGAAAAACGAUCAAACAAAGGCAACAGUCAUUGAUGAAAAAAUAAGGGAACAUUGUGGAGGUCUUAGAGGCAAGGAAAAUAAAUUGUGUUUCUAUAUUGGAGCAUUACCAGAAUCAGCAACAUCAAUAAUGAAAGAUGUAACACAACCUCUUUCGAACUCAAUUCCUGUGGAGAAAGUUUGCGAAAAAUUAAAAGUGAAGGAUGCGCAGAUAUGUGAAUUGAAAUAUGAUAAGAAAAUCGAUUGGCGAACAAUUGACUUGAAAACAUUUCGUGUAAAGGAUUUGAAGAAGAUCUUAGAAGAUUGGGGAGAGAGUUGUAAGGGAUGCACUGAAAAAAGCGAAUAUGUAAGAAGGAUCGAAGAGUUAAAAUCAAAGUAUGUCAAAGAGGAACUAAUGGCAGGUGCGUUACCAAGGCGAAUAAUAAAAGAAACGCAACGUUUAAUGGCCGAUCCAGUUCCGGGAAUUUCAGCGACACCCGAUGAGCAUAACGCACGUUAUUUUCACGUGAUAAUUGCUGGUCCAGAGGGGAGUCCAUUUGCUGGUGGAAUUUUUAAAUUAGAACUUUUUUUACCAGAGGAAUAUCCAAUGGCAGCUCCAAAGGUUCGCUUUAUGACGAAAAUUUAUCAUCCAAAUAUCGAUAAACUCGGACGAAUUUGUUUGGACAUUCUUAAAGAUAAAUGGUCACCGGCGUUACAGAUUCGCACAGUUUUACUAUCAAUUCAAGCAUUAUUAUCAGCACCGAAUCCGGAAGAUCCUCUGGCCACUGAUGUUGCCGAACAGUGGAAAACUAAUGAAGCAGAAGCGAUACAAAUUGCGAAAGAAUGGACUCGGUUGUUAACAACUGGAAAAGCGAUGACUCUACAGUGGUUUGCUGUUGCUCUUAUAUUGUACAUUGAAGUCGGUCUUGUUUUUCUUUUAUUACUUCCAUGGAUUCGACCAUCAUUGUGGAAAAAAUUUUUCAAGAGUCGUUUGGUUUUGGCGUUCGCGAGAUUUGGAAAUGUAUAUUUUAUUUCAAUUCUUUGCGUUCUUCUUCUUCUUUUCGCCGAUGCAGUACGCGAAGUACGAAAGUAUGCCGGUGAAGCAGCUUUAGAAGCAUCUAUUAGACAUACAGCAGAUGCAGAAAAUGCCAUUCAUAUGCGUCUUUUCCGUGCUCAACGAAAUCUUUAUGUUUCAGGAUUCGCAUUACUUUUGUUCUUAGUAAUCAAAAGACUUUCGGCCUUGUUGUCUCGUUGCGCGCAAUUGGAAGUUGCUGCAGAGGCAGCUAUGAAACAAGCAGAAAGUGCUAGCAAAACAGCGAGAACACUUUUGAAUAAUGAUAGAGAAAAAGAAUUGGAACGACAGUUGGAAGAAAUUGGCAUUGAACUAAAAUCGGCACAAUGCGAUCGUGAUACAAUGAAAGAGCAAGCGGAAGGACUUCAGAGAGAAUAUGAUCGUGUUUGUGAACAGCUUGCAAAUCUUGAGAAGCAAUCGAGUGACGACAAGAAAACUGAUUAA